AUGAACUCCGAAGAAACUCAGCAUACCCAUACAACCGAGCCGCCAGACCCUCAUGCCAACGAGGAUUUUGCUCUGGCGCUGGGACUCGGAGAUAACCACACAAACGGUGCUCACAUGGACGACUUGAAAGAUCACCAGGAUUACCUAGACGUCCAGUGGGACCUGAACUUGAUCCUUGAUGCCAACUCAGACGUGCUUCUGACGUUUGAUUUCCAUGGCCACACGCCCAUGCCACAAGCGGGCACUAGCUUUCACGGAGGUGUGGCUGGAAAUUUGGCUCCAGGAUCUAUGAAUGAGCUGCUACAGAGUCUGGUAUUACAGCAACAAAUCCUACAUCACCAGCAACAGCAGCAGCAACUACAACAGCAACAACAACAGCAGCAGCAGCAACAACCUUCAAGUCAGGAAACAGAAAAGUCAAAGCCCAGGAGGCCCUGUGACCAUUGUAGAAGAAGAAAGACAAAAUGCGUGAUUAUACCUGGCACUAAUAACUGUGCCCAGUGUGAGUCCAAGUCAAUCUCUUGCACAUACACUCAGCCUCCACGACGUGAUGACCACGAAGAACCGACUUUGAAGAAACGCAGGCUGAAUGCCUCGGAUAUCACGAAGCGAAACAUAAAUGGGCCUUCUCCGCAAAAUAGAGUGCCCACUCCUGACCAGUUUUCUCAGCAAGCACAACAAAAUACAAACGGCUACGGUAUCGGUGGCAUUGUUCCCCCGAAUGUCACUAUUCGUGACGUGCAGCCUGUUCAAGACUAUUCCAUGAUGAACAACUCUCUACUCAAGAAAACGCUAUCGCUACAAUUUCCUCGACUGUCGUUCUAUAUUGGUCCCACAUCUUAUUUGUUUGAUCACAAUCUUUUGGACAUCAUAUUGGCUCAAAAUAAUCCGGGUGAGGAUGACGGUGGUGCUAGUGCCCGUAGAGCCAACCGAGUGGAACAAGUCAACUUGAGCGAUACGAUCUCCCUACGAAGGGUGGGCGAUAAGACUCAAUUCAUUCUCAAAGAUGAUCAAUCGCCCAACUCGUACCAAAACAUGUCAAAUGACGUCGAUGCCAUCGAGAAGUUUGUGGCUCCCCAUGGUCAGAUCUUGAUCGACCUUUAUUUCCGCAUAAUUCACCCAUCCUACCCUAUUUUGCAUAAGAAGGUCUUCUUGGAGAAGUACUCCAGAACUCAUCGUGAGUUCAGCGCCCCUUUGCUUGCUGCUGUAUAUGCCCUUGCCAUUCAAUGGUGGGACUAUGAUCCCCAAUUGAAUAGGUUUGCUAAACCAAACCUUGAGAUGAUGCUCAAAAUCGCUCUUAAUAAUUUCAUGCUUGAAAUCCUCAAACGCCCUAAACUAAGUGCUGUUCAAGCAGGCUUGUUAUUGCUUCAAUGUAAGCAUAUUUUUAAAGAGGCCAGUGUUUCAAGUAUGAGUAGACAUGAUGCUGUUGCCAAUGCAAGUGCAUCGCUUAAUUCAUCCUUUUCAGACUCAGACUUCAAUGAGUGGGUUCUUUGCUCUCAAGUUGUCGCCAUGGCUGAGGAAUUGGGGCUCGCGCUUGACUGCGAUAAAUGGAAGCUACCAAAAUGGGAGCGUGGAUUGCGAAAGAGACUUGCCUGGGCUGUGUUCAUGGAGGACAAGUGGCUAUCCCUCAAACACUCAAGACCCUCACAUAUCCAUGAGGAGAAUUGGGUAGUGCUGGAGCUCAGGGAAGAAGACUUUCCGGAAAAGGCAGGAGAUGGAGAUUUGAAAGAGGGAUCAUCUGAUAUCAACAAUGGUAAAAAGAACUUUAUGAAUCUCGUGAGCCUCUCCCAAAUCCUAGCAGAAAUUCUCAAAUCUCUAUAUUCCAUGAAGGCCAUGAAAGAAAUCACUGAUAUCAACGAUGUCUUACUGAUCGCAAAACCCAUUCAGUUAAAGUUGAGAACAUGGUAUCAUUCACUUCCAGUCGAGCUACAGAUGUCAUCUGUCCAGCCUCGAAAGUUGUGUCCCAAUGGAUACUUGCAGUUAUCCUACUUUGCCACAGAAUUGACACUCCAUAGGAAGAUCAUCACGAUAAUGUAUCAAAUGACUGUCAACAAAAAGCCAGUACCAAAGGAGCUUAUCAACGUUUGUCGUACAGCUGCAAGAACCAGGCUACUUGCGUCCAUUGAAUUUGUGAGGGAUCUCAAACCAGAACACAUUCACUCCUUUUGGUAUUCAUCAGCCUCUGCCAACUUCACUCUAAUUGGAACGUUUGCUGCUCUUCUAUUCAUCUCAUCAGCUGACAAAGAGGAAGCCGACUUCUACAAAGACCAAAUCUUUAACUAUCGCUGGAUAUUAAAGAUUUCUUCCAAAGGAUUUGUUCAGGUUGGUGACGCAUUGAGCCAGCUUGACUUGGUGCUUAAGCACAUUCCUGGUUUACUUAUCGACGAUCAACCACUAGUGGGACCCCAGGGAUCCACGAUGGACUACAACAAACUUUAUGAGCAGCAAAUGCGAAACCCCACUAGAGGUGAUCAGUCCCAGUACAGUGGCUCGCCAGCAUCGCAAACUAAUUCUGGAGAUGGUUCUCUGGUACAACAUUCUUCACGUCAGCCCCUGCAGCAAAGCAACAGGUUCAGUGUCCCGAAUGCUGUGAAUCAACAAUUUAAAGGCGGUAGGCCAGAGCAGCAGUUUGCAGGAGUCACUAACGGUAUGACUCGGCCAAGCUCUGCCCAACAGCAGCGUGGGCCUGGCGCAGUUGUGGCCUCACCUUAUGACUCUCCUCAAGCGUUCAACACCCCCGGGUUUUCUCAAAGCAAUUCCAUAUCAAGAGGGAGCCAUGUCAACAAUUCGCCGCAUAAUUCGCAGGGCUUUUCCCCAAAGGAAGUUGUUACACAGCAGAGGUCGAUGUUAGGAGGUAAUAGUCCAGCUACAAGCUCUGGUGGAGAAGCCGACCGGAGACAAAGCGCUGCUAGUCAUGCUUCGGAUGCAGCACAGAACCAAAGAGAUAACGCAUCCUCCAAACCAAACAGCCCCGCAGUUAUUAAGUCUCCGGUGGCUCGUUCCAAAACGGCUAAGAAUAGCCUGUAA